AUGGCAAAUGAUGCAUUCACGGUGUACAUAUACGCCAACGAAUACGAGUACUUAAAAUGGCUUGUGCUGCAAAAACAGGAUAUCGAAACAGGAGGUGAUCUGUUUGGUGUCUGGCAGAACGAGCUCUGUGCUGUUGUACAAUUUGUGCUCGGUCCAGGAAGGCAAUGCCAACGAACGGCAACCUCGUUCUUUCAAGAUGUUAGCUACUUAGCGAACGUUGGACGAUACAUGACAUCAAAUGAAGGUAUUUGUAAUAUUGGCGAAUGGCACUCGCAUCACACAAUUGGUUUAGCUCAUCCAAGUAGUGGAGAUCAGAAUACGGUAUGGGGUCAUAUGGGAACAGUUAGCGGUGGACGGUUCUUAGUUUUUAUAGCAAAUAUUCGAGGUAUGGACAGCGUAAAUGUCGGUUGUUUCAUGUUCAAUAGCGCUACGCGUAAAAUGACGCAAGGGAAAAUGAAAGUACUCAAGAGUUGUAGCCCAAUUCGACAUACGUUUGUGCAAGAGGGGCGAUUUGAUUCGGAAGCAGAACCUCAUCAAGAUUGGAACGCGUUUUGUAUGUCUAAAUCGAGCAAAGCAAGCCAACGAUGGCGAGAAUCUAAAGUUGAUCUCAUCGAAAACGGUCCCCCCCCCCCCCCCCUUCAGGACCCUCUUUAGGGAAUUGAUUUUAUCGUUUUAUUGUGUUUCAUUGUUGUAUGAACCAAUCACAGGACCUUUGGCUUGGUUCAACAAUUAAUUAUUAGCAUAUCGAAAGGCAUAAUGCAUAACCAAUAAGGCUUUGUCUAGCACAGCAUGGGUGCAUAAGUAAUACCUAUUUCCUAGUAAUGCGAUAUGUAUUCUGGGAAAACAGAGCAAAAAAUUAUAAAAAUACAAUCUAUUAAAAUACGUAAUUUUAUUGCAAGAAAACCUAGUGUGUCAUCACCAAGUAGCCAUUAGAAUUAGUUCAUAACAAAAGCUUUUUGUAUCUGAAAGGAUUACCCUGGACUUUAAAUAUAUAAAUGUAUUCAUACUUCAUACAUCCUUCCAUUGUAUAACAUUUAGUCAGAAAUGUAUGAUCAAUUUUCUUCCCCGAAUUGCGGAAGUGUUACAGUGUAUAUUUACAAACCUGAGUUUGAUUUUCUAAAAUGGCUCGUUCUUCGGAAACCUGGGAUUGAAACGGGUGGUGAUCUGUUUGGCUUGUGGCAAGAUGAAGGCACGGCAGUUGUACAGCUUAUCUUAGGUCCAGGAAAAGGCUGCAGCCGGACUACUACGUCGUUUCAUCAAGACGUGGCUUAUCUAAGAGAAGUUGGAGGUUAGUGGUUGCUUUCGUUUGGGUGACUGGUUUGCGUGGUGAGUCCUGCAAAGCCAGAAAAGGGUAGCCUGCGGUGUAUAUACACACACUUCGGGUUUCUCCUGGGAUAUACGGCGCAGGCUAUACAAAGGGAUUUUAUACACGUAACACUGAGUGACUCACUUAGAUAUUUUGCUUGUGCAAAGCUAAGCAUGUAGUUAAAGCUCAGGGGAAAUUCCUGAGUCUUGCGAACCGAACAAUGUUUCGUGAGUCUUGCCCACCCAACAACAGGGUUAAACCUGUUCGUGACAGUCUGGUAUACUUUACCAGAGACUGGCUGAGGUGUUUUACGUAUGAUUUGCUUUCACAAGCUGUUAAGUUAAUAAAGCUUAAGCACACAUUUCUGAGUUCCACACAAGGUCUUAACACAUAACUUCUGCAUUGCUAGCCUGACGCUCUGUGACUCGCUAUAGGGUGAAGUAGAGAGAAGGCGUGAUAAUCGACCUUCCUUGCAGCUGAUGCAGAAUUGCGAAGAACGCAGCUCAAACGUGUGACCGGGUCAAAGCCUUACUAGGGCAUCUUUGGCUGUCACCAUACGACCCAUGUCCGAGCACAGAACACAGCUAAGGUCGACGGGCUUGUUAUUUUUAAUGAAGGGAAAUCAAGACUACCUGGAGAACAGUACUCAAAGCACAGGAGAUUUCAUUCAACUUCAAAAGCACAUCAAGCCGCCAAUCCUAAGUACCCUACCCUCGACCACAGAAUAGGAAGUUAUACCAGAAGCGUAACUCGAGCAAAUAUUUGUCCGCGUUUUUACAAGCGAUUCGUCAUCAAUCACGCCAUCCUGGCUAAUACAACCGGCACUUUGUACCUACCAAAUCCUGAUAAAAACUUCCGGCUGUACUAGCCAGGAUGGCGUGGCCUGACGUGAACGAGUUAAAAUUUUCGUGGACGUCAAACAAUAAGGGAAACGACUAGAGUUACGCUUCUGGUAUAACUUCCUAUUCUGUGCCUCGACCUACAGUAGCAAGCUUCACUUAGUGGCAAGAUGCAAUGAUAAAAUCGUACCUGCCACCCUUGCUUUUCAAGGUCAGAGAAUUUGGUCAACAUUUUACCCUACGUUGUUUUCUUUGCAGGUUAUUUGACGUCUUCACAAGGUUUAUGCAAUAUUGGCGAAUGGCAUUCACACCACACAUUAGGUUUGGCAGAGCCAAGUUAUGGAGAUCAACAAACAGUGUGGAAUCACAUUCCUUCUGUAGCUGGUGGACGAUUCCUGGUUUUCAUCGCGAAUAUCCGAGGUAUUGCACCAUAGUGCAUGUCUUUUUGCAAGGAGUUAGCAGUUGUAACUUGUAUUUAUAUGCAACCAGACACCUUCCAAAACCAUUUCACUAAAUCCAUAGUAAAUCCAUAGUAAAUCCAUAUUAUUUCCAUUACUACAGUAUAUCCGUAAUAUGGAAAUUGCAAUUAGUAUCUGUAUGAAGAUUGGAUUUCCGUACUAUUUUCAACCAAGACCCAUACCAUUUCCAUAGUAAGGAUUUAGAAAAAAAUUCCAGUGUUAUAAGUAGUCUGAAACCUCACAGCUGAGACCGCACAUUUAAAAUCUCCUUAAAGGCCACAUUACACGGUGCAAUUUUUCUUGCAACUUGCAAUGCAAUUCUACUCUUGAGAGAUGUUAAUUAGUGAAAUCUGUGAAGAGUUUUCGAUAUGUUGAGAAAACAUCGCUGGAGUGUAAUGAAGACUCGUAUUUGGUUAAUUUUACAUAUCUCAAGAGUAGAAUUGCAUUGCAAGUUGCAAGAAAAAUUGCACCGUGUAACAUGGCCUUUACUGAACUUAAAAUCUUUCCUACAUUCGUCCAGGUGCACCACCAAAAGUCAACAUUGGUUGUUUUCUAUUUGAUUGGAGUAAACAAAAAAUUCUAAUAGGCAAUAUUGAAUGUCUGUCGUGCCCAAGUCCAUUCCGUCUGACAGUGGACAACCCGUGCAUAACCUCAAAGGCAGAACCUGCUCAAGACUGGACAACAUUCUUUAAAUACCAAGCCUCGAUGCAGAGAAAUAAUAAACCUGUCGUGGAUAGCUCUUCCCCAAGAGAUGGUCAUGGUAUUUCACAUAGAUGGAGUACGAGAAACGAUAAUCUAGAAGCACGAAACGGCAAUCCGAAGGCACGAAAUGAUAAUCCGAACGCGCGAAACGGUAAUCAGAACGCACGAAAAGGUAAUCCAAACACACGAAAGGGUAGCGAAAACACGAGAAACAGAGACCCCCCAACGAUCAACGUGGUAAGCAAUAGCCCGAAAGAUGGCAACGGUAUUUCAAAUAUAUCGAGCACUGGAAGCGGUAGUCUGGGCUCACGAAACAGUGAUAUGAACGAACGAAAUGGUAAAGCGAACACGAAGAACGUAAAUCCCUCAACGCCCAACGCGAAAGGCCCCACGUCGAAAGAUGAUAACGGUACUUCAAAUAUUCCGAGCACACGAAACGGUAAUCGGAACGUGGGAGACGAUAGAACGAACACGAGAAACACAUCCUCAAAUUCAAGAAACGAAAACUCGAACAUAAAUGACAGCAAGCCGAAUAAGAAAAAUAAACAAUUCAACACAAGCAAGGCGAGAAAACGCAGAUCUAACAAAAAAUCGAACAAGCUACGUCAAAGGGAUAGAGUUCGCCACGAACAAGAACAACAGCUACUUGCAGAUGACUAUGAGGAGGAGGAAUUGAGUAAAUGUGGGAAAAUCGUUAAAAGAUUGGGUGAAAUGUUUACAAGUGUAAAGAACUUUUUCUGCAGAAAUAUAUGUCGCUGCUGUUAA